CUUUAAAGGCAUUCAUUUAAGUCGGGCUCCUUUCAGCACGAUUCGCUACACUGCUUACCCAAUUGAUGCACUAUCACCCUCACAGACAAGUACAGAUCAGGCACAACGGAAAGCUUCUUCAAUCAUUGCGUCCACUACAAGGUACUGUACCUGUGCAUGGGAAAGAGAGAGACAGUCUGAUGCCACUUUAAAGAGAGAGGAAAGAAGCAGACAAGGAGAUAUGCCAACACAGCAAAUUCUUAUAUCACUUUGUAGGAGCGGAUAAUAGGCGCUAUCAUGUAUUAUAUCAAGAAUUGAAAUGUGCUGUGCGAUGAUGCAUCUGAGGAUGUUUGUAUUUCUGUUGAAGAUUUAAAGCAUUUAUACCUGCAUAAUAUAUAUGGGGAUGGCAAGGAAAUUGUAAACCUGUGUAAGUAACAGUUGUAUAGUGAUAAAACGUGUCUCCUGGCACAUACAGUACACGUUAUCUUAAAAGUUGCAAAAAUGUUUUUCUAAAAAAAAAGGCGGGGUUUACAACCACUUUUCCAUCCUCUGUUGCGCCUCCUCUUCAUUUGGUUAUCAACACAACAGGUCGCUAGCCAGUUUAGAUUUGAGAAUCAUUCGUCCUCAUCGGGGAUGUCAUAAAGGGGGGUGGGGGGCUGAAGUGUGGCAAGAGGAUUUGAGGCGGGCUCUUUCGUUCUUUCCUCUUUCUUUGGGGUAACGUCUGUACGAAAGCGAGCUCACACGGAGAGAGGCAGCAGAAAAGAGCGCAGGGCGCACAGAGCAAACGCAAGAGGAGAGGAGGAAAGACGCACAGUGGUACUCUGACUGGAUGCGCACAAAAAACAGACUGACAAGAGAGUAAGGUUGGGAGGAGAAACUGGUAGAUUUUUAACCAGCCUUUUAUACCCAUUUUUCUUUCUUUUUUCUUUUUGGUUGGGGGAGAAAGCAAUGCAGAUGCUGAUAAAGCCAUUGAAGCACUUUCUAAGUUAGAGCUGGCACUGGAUCAUUUUUAUUUUUAUUUUUUUUCCACAGUACGAAAUAGUGAAAAUGACUGGACUAUUUUUAACAAGAAUGCUGAGAGUUUUCAUGGUUUUUGUGCUUGUGGCGCAUCCGAUUACCGGCAAGACGCUAAAGUAUCAGAUUUUCGAGGAGCAGAAGGUGGGCACAGUGAUCGCCCGCCUGAGAGACGAUGUCGCGGAUGUUUUGGCAAAACUUCCCAGCUCGGUGUCUCUACGGUUCAGAGCCAUGCCGCGGGGGAGCUCCUCUUUACUCACCGUGCGCGAACAAGACGGAGAGAUCAGCAUUAGAUCCAAAAUCGAUCGCGAGAAACUCUGCGAGCAGAACCUCAACUGUUCCAUCCAAUUUGACGUCUUAACGCUCCCCACCGAGCACCUUCAGUUGUUUCGUGUUGAAGUAGAGGUGCUGGACAUCAAUGACAACACGCCGCAGUUUUCCCGAGCCCUCAUCCCCAUCGAGAUUUCAGAGAGCGCAGCUAUUGGGGCGCGCAUUCCCCUGGACAGCGCCACAGACCCAGAUGUCGGUGAGAACUCCUUAUAUUCGUAUGCGCUAGAGCCAAAUAACAACUUCAAGAUAGACGUGAAGUCCAGGAGCGACGGGGUUAAGUACGUCGAGCUGGUGGUGCUUAAGGAGCUGGAUCGGGAGGUGCGCUCCAGUUACGAACUUCAGUACACAGCCUCUGACAGGGGCGUUCCCCCGAGAACAGGAUCGACUCUCCUCAGAAUCAAUAUAGCUGACUCUAAUGACAACAGUCCUGUUUUUGAGAAGUCAUCCUAUGUCAUUAACUUGCCUGAAAACUCACCUGUUGGCACGCUGCUGGUUGACUUGAACGCCACAGACGCGGAUGAGGGCACAAAUGCCAAAAUUACAUAUUCAUUUAGCAACCACAUCUCUUCCAAAAUUAUAGAGACAUUUAAAAUUAACACCGACAGUGGUCACCUGACCCUCUUCAGGCGGGUGGACUAUGAGACAGUAAAUUCCUAUGAUAUUGAUGUGCAAGCUCAAGACAUGGGUCCAAACUCCAUGCCUGCACACUGCAAAAUCUUAGUAAAAGUUCUAGAUGUGAAUGACAACAAGCCAGACAUCAGCAUAAAUUUCCUAUCUCAGGGAAAUGGAGAUGCAGCGUAUGUAUCUGAGGCAUCUCCGCUGGAUACAAUUGUUGCUUUGGUUAGAGUGGAGGACUUGGACUCCGGGUUAAAUGGAGAAAUUGAGUGUAAACUUCAUGGUCAGGGCUUCUUUAAGCUGCAGAAAACCUAUGAGAAUAACUACAUGAUUUUGACCAAUGGGUCUCUGGACAGAGAGAACAGGUCAGAGUUCAGCCUGACUGUAGUGGCUGAGGACCGGGGAACCCCGAGUCUCUCCACUGUCAAACAUUUCAUAGUCCAUGUCACAGAUGAAAAUGACAACACUCCUCAUUUUGAAAAGGGACAAUAUGAGAUCUUUAAAUCAGAAAACAAUGCGCCUGGAGCAUACCUGACAUCUGUCAUGGCUACUGAUCCUGACCUGGACACUAAUGGGCAGGUUAGCUACUCCAUCUUGGAAAACACUAUAGGUGGAAGUCCAAUUUCCACUUAUGUCACCAUAGACCCCUCUAAUGGCAACAUCUAUGCUCUACGCUCAUUUGAUCGGGAGGAUGUCAGCCGCAUCACUUUUGUUGUGCAAGCCAAAGAUGCUGGUAAACCUCCACUGACCAGCAAUGCUACCAUUGUACUGAACAUUUUGGAUGAAAAUGACAACACCCCUGUUAUUGUGGUUCCACAGUUGGGGAAUUUUACAGCAGACAUCCGUGCUUCAAAGUUCACAGAGGCUGGACAUUUAGUGACAGUGGUCCGGGCCAUUGAUCACGAUACAGGAGUCAAUGCUGAGCUAAUCUGCUCCAUUGUCGGAGGCAAUGAAGAAGGGUUUUUUGUUAUUGAACCAAGGACAUGUGAAAUCCAAGCCAAUGCCAGUCUGGAGCAUUUCCCCCAUGAACAUGCUGAGCUUACUGUGAUGGUUAGAGAUCAGGGCAGUGAAAGUCUUAGCGCUAAAGCAGUUUUAAAAAUCCACCUUGAUGAAAACAUGGAGAACCAUGGGCAGCCAGAAGAAAAGGGUGAAUCUCCAAUCCGUUUGACCUGGAUUAUCAUCACCAUACUUGCCGCUGUCUGUGUUGUGCUUCUGGUCAUCAUGGUGGCAUUUGCUGCCCACAGUAACAGGGAAAAGGACACACAACACUCUUACAACUGUCGGGUGGCAGAGUCCACCCAUCAGCACCAUCCAAAGAAGCCUUCGCGUCAAAUCCACAAAGGGGACAUCACCUUGGUACCCACAGUUAAUGGAACCCUCCCUAUCAGGGCUCACCACAGCUCACCAUCAGACACACCUCAGCUGGACCGGGCCCAAAUGGGAGUUCCACAGAACAUUCACAACCGCCAAUCCCUCAACAGCUUGGUGACCAUCUCUUCCAAUCACAUUCCAGAGAGCUUUGCCUUGGAAAUGGCACAUGCAACUCCACCUGUGGAGCAAGUCUCACAGCUUCUGUCCAUGCUCCAUCAGGGCCAGUACCAGCCCAGACCCAGUUUCCGUGGCAACAAAUACUCCCGCAGCUACAGGUAUGCAUUACAGGACAUGGACAAGUUCAGCCUGAAGGACAGUGGCCGAGGGGACAGUGAGGCAGGGGAUAGUGACUGUGAGAUGGGAAGGGAAUCCCCUGUUGAUAGAUUGCUAUUGGGGGAGGCAUUUCCUGACCUAAUGCAACUCGAAAUGCAUCACCGACUCCACCAAGCUGUGAGACGUUGCACGGAUGAAUGUCGCAUCUUGGGACACUCUGACCAAUGCUGGAUGCCUCCCAUCUCCUCACCUGGUUUGUCCACCGACUACCGAAACAAUAUGUACAUCCCCGGGGAAGAAUCCUCCCAGCAACCACAACUUGAUGAUGACGAGUCUUCUAUUGAGUCAGAAAAUCGUAGGAGUUUCCCCACAUUUGGCAAGGAGUCUGGGAAUGAAGAGGUAGGUGUCAGUGGAGGAGGCAUUGUGCCUGGGGAAGUGGCCACAUCUCUCCUUACAGAGAUGAACUCUGUGUUUCAGCGACUCCUACCCCCCAACAUGGACUCCUACACAGAUUGCACUGAAAAAAGCCCACCCUCAUCCUCAUUGACCACAGAGAGCACAAGCAUGCAUGGUGGCAACAUUGCAGGUAACCAUAGUAACAACACUGUUCCUCAAGACAGCCAUAGGGGUUUGCUCCCUGGUGGUAAAGGUCCUGCUUAUCCCCCGGGUGUAGCUGCAUGGGCUGCCAAUACACACUAUUUAAAUCCAGGGAACACAUCUGUAGGGAGCAACCAUCUUUCCUCCUCUACUUCCCCUCCAUCCUCAAACUCCACUUCCACCAAUGGACAACCACCACACCUUAAGUGGCUGCCAGCCAUGGAGGAAAUCCCAGAGAAUUAUGAGGAGGAUGACUUUGAGGGUGUGUUCCAUCAGGGUCACCAAAGCAGCAAGCGCAUUGAGAGUCGCCAUGAGGCAAGUAUGGAUGCUAGUGAGCUUGCCCAAGAGAUCAACAAACUGCUACAGGACGUCAGACAGAACUAGGGUGGGAUAGGGAAGAACUGACAAGAUUUCACUGUGCGUUGCAGGGAAACAUUUCACCACAUUCUGUCACAUUUUUAAUAUCUGUGCCAAGCUAAAGCUGUAUAAUUAGAUAUUUAACUGACUGCUUGUCAGCUUCUUGUCUGUAUUACCAAAUUUAUUCUUUGCCUCAAUGGUUAGAGAGACAAGUUACAGAAAAAAAAAUAAAAACAUUGCUCCUAAAUUUUGAAAUAUCAAAAGCAAGAAGUCAAAGAGCAAAUUGAAUGAAAAUUGCUCAAAUGAGUGCAUUCAAAUUGAAAUCUGUUGGAAAAAUGUAUCCUUUCUUCAUUUAAUAAGGUAAUGUGAAAAGAAACAAACUGUGUGAACUACAUCUUGGAUUCUACAGAAUACAAUCUUGUACAGUGUGUCAAUGGAAAAAUGCAAACUCACUUGAAUAUUGUGCCAUGUCUUCUGUUUGUUAUAUGGAAUGUAAAUGUUCAAUUUGCCCCUACAGUCUUUUUUACUUCUAUAUAUUUAUGUGUUGAUGUAUGUAUGUACAGAAAAAGGAAACAGAUGUCUAUUUUUUUAUAUGCGUCACUGUAUGUCUUAAUAUCCUAAAAUAUGUUGUUGUAUCCUUUUCGCUCUUUAUUUUGUAAUAAAAUGUAUUUAAUUUUGUUUUUGAUUGUAUGUGGGUGUGUGUGUGAGCGUGAAUGUUAAAAUCUUUAUUAUUCAAUGCAGUUCCAUGUUGGAAGUAAUUUUGUAUGGUAACAUUGUGACCAGUGGGUGAUGAAUAAAGUGGAGAGAA